AUGUCUGCCACUCCAAUCAUUUCCGCUCCCAUAGAUGUUGUCAGUACUGUUGGGGCAGCAACUCCCCCACAACUUCCCCCGCAUCGUUCGCAUGACCCCGCCAACAAUCUCAAGAGAACAGAUCCCUUCCAAUUCGGAUCUCGCUUUCUAGAAGAGGGCGACAACGUCUUUGAAUUCAAUGCCUGGGAUCACGUCGAGCCGGAUGACGAGUAUAAAGCCUUUGCGGAAGUCCAGUACGCCAAGCAGCGUGAAUGCCCCGCCUCGGAUUUCGACAAGCUGCGCUUCAACGCCGACCCAGUCAAGUGGUGGAAUGUGUUCUACAAGAAUAACACAGCAAAUUUCUUUAAGGACCGCAAGUGGCUGCGUCAGGAGUUCCCUAUUCUCGCAGAAGUAACACAGAAGGAUGCUGGCAAGAAAGUUGUGCUUGAGGUUGGCGCGGGUGCCGGAAAUACUGCGUUUCCACUGAUCAGGAACAACGAGAAUGAAGAGCUUAUGGUUCACGCAUGUGACUUCUCAAAAGAAGCAGUCAAGGUCAUGCGUGAAAGUGAGUAUUACGAUACAAACUUCAUGACUGCAGAUGUUUGGGAUGUCAGUGCGAUUCCAAGCGAAGAGAAUGACUCUCUACCCCCCGGUCUCACCGAGGGAUCCGUUGAUGUUGUUAUCCUCAUUUUUAUCUUCUCUGCUCUUUCUCCUCAGGAAUGGGACAGAGCUCUCCACAAUAUCUACCGAGUUCUCAAGCCAGGUGGCCGCGUCCUCUUCCGUGACUAUGGCCGGGGAGAUCUGGCGCAAGUCCGCUUCAAGAAAAACCGUUAUCUGGAUGAGAAUUUCUACGCUCGAGGAGACGGAACUCGUGUCUACUUUUUUGACAGGGACCAGCUGGAGGAGAUGUGGGGUCGCUGGACUCCGGAGAAGGGUCUCCAAGAACCUUCGACUUUAGAAGCAGCCGCUGGGUCAGAUGCUGCCCAGGCCACCGCUAAAGACGAUGGGGCUUUCGACGUUGUCAGACUUGCAAUUGAUCGUCGGCUGGUAGUCAAUCGCCAGAUGAAGCUAAAGAUGUAUCGUUGCUGGAUCCAAGGACAUUUUACCAAACGUGAAUAA